CCCCUCACUUCUCUUUUCCCUCUCUCUCCUCCCUCCCCCUUGUAGUCGACGGAACCCCUCCCCUGUUCCCUCUAUUCUCCUUCGGCCACGAAGCAGCCUCUGGCCACCACUGCAGGGCCGCGCCACCACCACCUCACCGGCGACCACCCCUCGCCGAACCCAGCCUCCCUACUACGCCCCUCUCUGCCUCUCCUCCUUCCCCGAAACGAGCCUCCUUCCCUCUCGGCUUCUCCAUGUCGUCGUCGCAACUCGCACCCCAGCCACCGCCGUUCAUUGUUGACGGCACUGACAGCCCCUCCCAGGCUCCCUCCGUUCAUCCCCUAGCUCCCCCACGAUCUCUCCCUUCCCCCGUAACUCCCUCUUUCUCUCACGGGUCUCCACCACCCAGAUCCGCCGCCAAAAGCCCAUCUCUCCGCCACUCCCUUUCUUCUAUGCCGAGCACUCAACACCCCCAACCCCAACGCCUUUCUCAACCCCUCCAAGCAACCCUUGCUCAGCAUUUUUCCCACGUAUUUGGUCUUCGUGUUGGUGUCAAUUUGGCCUUGGCCAUUGCCCUGCACAACAUUCCAGAGGUUCCAGCUCAUAUUGGAAGGCUAAUUGCUGACAAGCAGUUUUAUGCUGCAGUUCCAUGUUCUAUACUGAGGUUCUGUUGGGCUCAAGUGAUAAAUGAAUUAAAAUUCCUUUGGGCAGCAAGUAUGCUCAUGCUGUAUGUUUUUGGUAAGUGGUCAAGGCCUUACUUCACCAAAAAUUAUGUGAUCUUGCAUAUAUGUUAUCUGCUGACAUGCAUAAAGGUCUUUCAGGGCAACCGUUGACUCUAAAACUGAAAACAUCAUCAUUUGAGGUUAGAACCAGAGCUACGACUUUACAACAGUUUAUUUGCUCAAGCGAUGAUAUUUUGAAAUAUGCUUCAAAUCUGGUAAAAGAUGAACUUGAUAGUGAUGAAUUGUUUUGAAGUGUUUUGGAGUUGUAGGGAGCUUGUAAAGUAUGAUGAUGAUGUUGAUUUAAUAGACAAAUUUGUGUAUAUUAAAUGUAUAGGGUAUGGAUGAAGCUUGUAAAAACAAAUGAGUGCUUUGAAAGGAUUGUAUGUUGAUCUUAUAAAACUUGAAUGGAUUGUAUGAUUGUGGUUUUGUAGAGCCA